AAUACACAAAAUAGUCGGAAAGUUGAAAAAUUCUUGUUAGAACGUUUAUCAAGCUUGUAGUAACCAAUGGAGUGGCAAGCUAUAACCGUAAAGGAGAAAGAAAACGCUUUGAAUUUCGUCCUUAAAAGUAUCGUCGGUUCCGGCUACGAUUCAAUGGAUGUUCAAGACGUUCUUCUUAAGUAUAACUGGGAUAAAGAUGCAGCUAUAAAAGACCUUAAAGCACGUCCACCAAAAGCAGUGAAAAGAACUAUUUAUCAAACUAUUCCAUCGUCUAAACCAUCUCAAACUAUUACAUAUAUAACUAAAUCCGAAAAUGGUCAUCAAGCAAAGAAACAACGACGUGAUUCAGAUGAUGGUGGAGUUGAAUCAGAUUGCGGUGAUUAUAAUCAACAAAAUGUUUUCGACAGCGAUGAUUCCGAAAAUGACGACUACUCACCUGAAAUGCCUCUGCAAAGAAAAGAGGUUUAUGAUUUCUUUAACAGCGCUAAUGUCGGUGAAUUGACAUCAGUGAAAUCUUGUUCUGUAAAGAAAGCUGAAUUUAUCAUUGAAAAUCGUCCUUAUCGUAAUUGGGAGGAACUUGUAGGAAAGUUCAAAGAGAAACCACUCCAAACUGACCUGCUCAACAAUUGUCAAGAAUAUUUAGAUAAGCGAAACAGUUUGCAAAAGCUUAUGAAGAAAUGUAAGGCAAUUGUUUUAAAACUUGAGAAGGCUGUGUCGGAUGGUGCUGGAAUCACAGAACAACCUUUUACACUUAACGAAGGUCUCCACUUGUCUGAGUAUCAAAUGGUUGGACUCAAUUGGCUGGCAGUACUUCACCAAAACAACACAAAUGGUAUUUUAGCUGAUGAAAUGGGACUGGGAAAGACCAUUCAAAUCAUUGCAUUCCUAGCAUGGCUUAAAGAGACAAAUCAGCAAGAACAAACACAUCUUGUCGUUGUGCCGAGCUCAACACUCGGUAAUUGGGAGCUUGAACUCAACAAAUGGUGUCCAUCAUUAAAUGUCGUCAAGUAUUAUGGAAGUCAAGAAGAAAGACGAAUUAUGAGAAUUCAUUGGGCAAAAGAAGGUUUCGAUGAUACCGACGUUAUUUUGACAACUUAUCAUGUUAUUGGAUCGUCAAAUGAAGACAAGAAAAUGUUUCGUGUCAGCAAGUUUGAUUACUGCGUUUUUGACGAAGCUCACAUGUUGAAGAAUAUGAUGACACAACGAUACGCAACAUUACUUCGAAUUAAUGCAUCACGAAGAAUUCUCCUGACAGGAACGCCGCUUCAAAACAAUCUUCUUGAAUUGAUGUCUUUGUUAUGCUUUGUCAUGCCAAAUCUUUUCCUUGGUAAGACAGAAGAUAUCAAAGCACUUUUCUCAAAGAAACCUCCAAAGCUUGAUGAUGGCUCAGAACAAACCAGUGACUUUGAACAGACACAAAUCGAACGAGCAAAGAACAUUAUGAAGCCUUUUAUUUUACGUCGUUUGAAGAAAGAUGUUCUCAGCUUUUUACCGGAGAAGAAAGAAGUUUUAGAGAAAAUUAAGCUCAUAUCAACACAAGCGCAACAAUAUCAAGCAUUGGUUGAAGAAUACAAGAACGUUGAUGGUUCCAAUGAAACUUAUUUAGGACGUGGGGCAGCAAUCAUGAUGGACAUGAGGAAGCUUGCUAAUCAUCCAUUACUUUUAAGAUUUCAUUUCACUGACUUGAAGCUUCAUGAGAUUGCGAAAGUUCUCGCACGUGAUUCAGUAUAUAAGAACAACAAUCCAAAGGAGAUUUUCGAAGAUAUCGCUCCACUAUCUGACUUUAAAAUUCAUCAACUUCGUGAUAAAUAUCCAUCGAUAACAAAUAUGGUGAAAAUUCCUGAUCAUCUUGUCGUCAGUUCAGGAAAGUUUAAAUAUCUUGAUGAUUUACUUCCCAAAAUGAAAGCCGAUGGUCAUCGUGUGUUGAUUUUCUCUCAAUUUGUUAUGAUGUUGGAUAUUAUUGAAAAGUAUCUUGAAAUACGAGGACAUCAAUUUGUACGAUUAGAUGGAAGUACAGCAGUGAAUGAUCGACAAGAUCUCAUUGAAGAGUACACAGAAAAUUCUGAGAUUUUUAUUUUUCUUCUAUCAACUAAAGCUGGUGGUUUGGGAAUAAAUUUAACAUCAGCUGACCGUGCUAUCAUUCAUGAUAUUGACUUCAAUCCGUACAAUGAUAAACAAGCUGAAGAUCGUUGUCAUCGUAUUGGACAGACGAAGAAAGUUGUCAUCUACAAACUCAUCGCUGAAGGAACAAUCGAAGAGGGAAUGAGCAUCAUCGCUCAAGAAAAAUUGAAACUUGAGAAGGAAGUUACGUCGAAUGAAAUAGACACAGCUGAAGAACAUCGAUGCAUGGUUCGUCUUAUGAAAAUGGCUUUAGGAUUUAAUGAGAAAACCGCUGAAGCUUUCUUAAGUCCAACAAAAAAUUCUGACAGCAACUCAUACGAAGUUGAAGCUCUUGAUGAAGAAACAUUGACAAAGUCAAGUGCAGUAAAUGCGUUAUCGACAUCACCAAAUGAUUUGAAGAAAACUGUCAAAAUUCAAGAAUUGCCGAACACUAAUCACGUUACACAAGCUGGGAUAACAAGAGAAAGAAGUUUCAUUAGAUCAUCGAAUCCACAAAAUCAUCAGAAUCUCAAUAAGCGACGCAGCUUAGGAUUUCAUCACCAACAACAGCAAAUCAGAUUGAAACCAGCUCUAGAAAUUUAUCGUCCGCCGAACAUUCGACUUGAUAUCCCCCAGAAUAAGUUGAAUGUGCACGCUCAAGAGUUCACCAUGAAUAUGCAGCGAAAUAUGGAACUUCAAAAUGCAAGAUCUUCAUCACAUCUGUUUAAUUCUCCUGGAAAUCUAAACUCACUUCAGAACUCAAAAUCAAGCGGAAACAUUCAUCAACAACUUCAAAUGGCACAACAUAAUCGACAAAUUCUUCAGCAACUUCAACAACAACAGCAACAACGAAUGAUGCUUUCAUCUGGAACUCAUCCACUUCAAAUCAGUUCAGGAUUACUUCAUCAAUCAUCACAUAUGCCUCUAGUCAAUUCACCAUCAUCUGGAAAUAUUUUACAUGCAUCACAUCGAGUGAAGUUUGCUCCGGAACCUUCGUUACAUCAAAAUUAUCAGCAACAAUCUAACAACAGCAACAACAAUAAUUCUCUUCUUCAGCCACUCCCAUUACAAAGAUCAAAAUCUUUGACAUCUGCUGAUGUGGCCUUAACAAAAGGAAUUGCUGGUCUCGGUCUUGGCUUUAAUGUUGAAGACAUUGGAAACUUUCCACCGGAAGUUAUGGCGAUUAUUAAUAAAGCUUCUGAAGAUCCGAAUCAGUUAACUGCACGGUGUUUAAUGGAAUUGGCAGCACACUGUAUGAAUCGUGCUGUUGAAGGAAGGCGAUAUUCACUUCCGAUAUCACGAUUAUGUAUUUCAAUCAUUUCUAAAGAACAAAAGGAAACAUUUUUGGAAGCUAUGUUAAAUACGUGUCGUCAAUGGUAUCAAGAGCGUGACAAAGUUCUCGGUGCAGUAUCAAAUUCAAAGAAUCCAUCAAGACCUCGUUUUACUGCUUUCAUGGCAUUCUUAACUGAAAUGUUUUGUCAAUUGAAACGACGUCAACUGCAACUUCGAACUCAAUGUGAUGGAAUAUCGCCAGCUAUUGUGUUGUUGACACUUUUAGGAAAAUGUUGUGAAGAUUGUGUUAAGCAACCUGUUCGAUCAUUGUCUGAGAUCGAAUGUCUCUUCUUUGUUUUAACUUGCAUUGGUCGUGAUCUGGAAACACAUUUACCACAGCAACUUGAAGUUCUCUUAGCUGGUGUUCGCGAUGCUUUUCUGAAUUCGAACGCAUCACAACCAGCAAUUCGUCGAACGCUUUUGCAAUUAAUUGAAUUGCAAGCAUCGAAAUGGCAGCUUCCAUGCAAUACUGUUCUCUAUUAUUAUCCAUCGUCAAAGUGAACAAUUUUUUGUUUUCAUUCUUUCUUUUUUUUUGCUUUACUAAAACGAAUGUAACAGUCACUUACUUAGCUUAUAUUUAUCUCAAUUUUUAUGGUCAAUUUAUUUGUAGUUUAUCUUAACAAUUUUCUGUAAUUUUCUUAAUAAUUAAUCAUUUAGUAAAUGAAUGAAGAACGAAACGAAAGAAACGCAAAAAUUAUUGCAAUUAUUAUUACAAGCAAUCACCUUAAGUGCUUUUAAAUGAAGAAGCGUUCAAACACGACUAAAAUGAAAUGACACGCUUCAUGCGGUUAUGCAACUUCAUUAUCAAUAGUUUAAUUUAAUUCAUGUUUUUAUUUCUUUUCUAUGAAUGAAAUCGAAAUGAAAAUUAAUAUUUUAACUUCAUUUUCGUUUUCAAUAUCAUGUUGUGAUCAAAUUUUUUUAGAUCGUUGGGUGAAAUUAUUUAUCUUUGAUGUUUUCAAGGAGAUGUUUUUUAUAUAAUGAUGAUGAUUAGGAAGAAAAGCUUUGAAAUUUUUUUGUUGUAAUAAAAUAUAAAUGAAACAAAAAAUGAGUUUAAAUAUUUUUUAUUACAAGAAGAGUUCAAAAGCACGAAAUUUGCCACCUUCUGUAAAUUAUAAUUCAUUGACUUGAGGAAAUGUAACGUUCAAAAUUUGUAAAGUGGACUCAUCGAUGCAUAAAAGUGUAAACAGCAUAAACGUAUCAUGAAAGUGAACGUAUCAAUUACAACUAUAUCAUUGUUUACUACUUAAAAAAAUAACAUCGACUCACGUUGCAUAAACAAAAUUUAAAUCAACAUUGAAGAAAAUUCAAGAAUCAAGUUCAAUGCUCAAACAAUAAAAAUCGAAACUUUUACUUGUUGUAUGCAAAUAAAAUCGUGCGU